AGGGAGGGAGGCUCUCCCAUUGCUCCAUCAUCCAUCAUGACCACACACGCACACCAUCUAGCGCUGAGAGGGGAGCCAGCCGGCAACGCGUCUUCUUUUUCUUGGCGUCUUUUUGCCUUGUCCCGCAGCAGCAUGAGUGCUGAAUGCAGCGGCUACCUCAACACUGACGGCGUGUUCGUGGACACUUUCUUCUGCCCCAAAGCCGGAAAUGACGCUGCUGCCAGUUUCUGUUGUGGAUUUAAUGACGUGAAGUACUGCUGCGAUGACCCCAACAGCUUCUAUCCAGAUGACUAUACGUACAUGUGGUGGCUGAGUAUUUGGGCUCUUGUUGGCCUGUCUUUUGCGGCGGUGGUCCUUCUUGCCUUCCUCAUCACAGUAUGUGUUCUUUGCUACCUCUUCAUUGUUACGAAACCAAGUCGCCUUGACAACAACAUACCGUUGCGACCGCCAGCAGGUGAGGGAUCCAGUGUGUCAAGAGCAACAUGUGUUUCUGGUCCGCAGGGAGUCAGACAGCACUUCAUGAGCAGAAAGCUGCAUUCUGACAACCAGCCUCCAGACCCAGAGCGCCUGUUCCAGAGGUGCUUCACAGCGACUGUUACUGGUGUAAAAGUGGAGAGCCCCUCAUAAACACAAGAAUGCCUCCAAGUUAGAAAAAAACAACAGACUGCUUGGUUGAGGAGACAACAUCCUGAUGUGGACGAGCACAGAAGAACGUUUUUGAAUGAUAAAUAUUGUAUAUUAGGUACACACACCAACCACAUGAUCCUAUGGGAUCCAAUAGCUCUUUCAAAAGUGUUAUGUUGGGGUGUUAAUUUAGCAAUGUCGUGCUUGUACUGGUAAUACUUAGAUGUAAUACUUCGUAAACUCAGCAAAAGAGCCCCUCUAGCAGUGUUCAUCACAUGUAAUUACUUACCAGGUAAAGCGUUACGUAAAAAAAAAAACCCUCUUCAAAUAUGCAAAAUCAUUUGGAUUAACUCAUUGACUUGCAAUUCUUUACCAAAGCUGUAGGGGGCAGUGUUUUCCUGAGAGAUAGCAACCACAACUCUUGCUGGCUAGCUAUUUAGUUACCUGUGUAGUAGAAGUGAACAAUGGUAGCUGAAGCAAGAUCCAGAUCGUUGAUAAACAUAUCGUUGCAUAAUAACACACCACUGUCACUGUCAGUAACGGUGUUGUAACGUUUGAAAUAGUAAUUAAUUAGAUUACUGGAAAACACUUUUUAACGUUGUUACCCCCAACACUGAGUAUUAUUACCAGGGAUGUCCGAUAAUAUAGACACACCGAUAUCAUCUGCCCAAUAUUGGCAUAAAAAUGUAAUAUAUGUCAAUAUCGGUAUUGUUUUUUUUCCCUGUGAAAGCCGAUAUAGCCAUUUACGCGCCAAAGUGGCAAAAAAGUGGCAUACUAAAUAAUAAUAAUACAUAAUAAGGUAAUAAGUUCAGUCCUGUCCAGUACAGUCCUUCCACGACAGGAGAUAGGUGAUGUGACACAUAUCGGUAUUGGUUGAUAUCGGAAUCGGAAAUUGAGAGUUGGACCAUAUUGGCAUUUCGGUUAACGACAAAAAAGCCAAUAUUAAACAUCCCUAAUUAUUACCUUUGUAAAGGCAGAAUUGCUGAUACAGCUUAUGUAUAGGAUCAUAGUGUAUACAUCAGGAGUGUCCAAAGUGCGGCCCGUGACUCAUUUAUUAUUGGAAAUAAAAGGAAACACAAAUUGGGAAAAAUAGAGCAAAAAGUAAGCAAAAGGUCACAAUGUAAAGCAAAAAGCUUAACUAUUGAUUGACUAAUCAUGAAUAGCUUUAAACAUAUGUACAUUUUUUUAAAGCUUUUUCAUGACAUAAAAAAUAUUUAUAUAAAUAUCAAAGUGGUCCCCGCAUCCUUUGAUUUUUCUGUAUGUGUUGGAAAAGGUUUGGACACCCCUGGUGUAGAUGAAACUCAUGCUGUGCACAUCGCUUGCCUUGCUCUUGCACGCGCUCUUCAUCUCGAUACUGGCGCAUUGCAGAGUCCCACCGGGUGACCGAUUUUGCACAUAAUUCCUGAAAUCCAAACACUCAUUAACAGAUAUUCACUGAUGAAAGGAAUACAACAAUUGAAUCAGAUUGCGUGUGGAUGUGGAGGUGCAGAAGUACAGUAUUUGGACAAUGACAUUUUGUAGGCUGUUUUGUGGUUGUAUACGGUCUGUUAUUAGUAAAAAAAAAUGCAUAUUGAAGAAAAUUUUACUUAUUUUUUGUCUAAAAUGAAGCAUUUUCAAGCAUAAAAAUGGCUAAAUGACUCACCCUAACAGAUAGGGUGAGGAGCUCAGUCAUCUGGGAGGGCGUCAGAGUAGAGCCGCUGCUCCUUCACAUCGAGAGGAGCCAGUUGAGAUGGCUCGGGCAUUUACUCCGUAUGCCUCCCGGACGCCUCCCUGGUGAGGUGUUCCAGGUAUGCCCAGCUGGGAGAAGGCCCCCCGGGCAGACCUAGGACACGCUGGGGGGAUUAUGUCUCACAGCAGGCCUGGGAACACUGUGUGUCCUCCCGGUUGAACUGGUAGAGGUGGCCCCGCAACGGGGAAAUUAAAAUGAUUCAGAUCUGAUGUAAUUUAGUCCUCUGUUUUUUUCGGUUGUAAUAUAGCUUGGCUAUGCAAUGGAACCUCGGUUCGCGUUAACAUGUUUUUCGGUUAAUGUUGAAAAUCUCCGCCACAAGUUUGCUUGGUUUGCGUGCAUGCUCAGGUUAGCGUACAAUGUGGCGCACGUCUUGUUGUGGUGUUAAUACACUGCAUGAGUCCAACUUUGUUCUUAAUGUAUUUGUUUUUUUAAUCACAAAACCUCCUUCCUUGUUAGCAUCCUAUUAGCUAGCUAAACAAAAUGGCAACCGGAAGUUAGCUACAUUACGUCGCCCGUCUAUGACAUCAUCAGUGGUAGACUCAAGAAUGUUAACACAAAACACAUCUUUCUAGUUUUGCAUGCAUAAUAUAAUUCUAAAUGCAUAUAAAUGAUGAAUGAAAGGAGUAAAUGAACAUUUCAUUUACUUUUACCUUCAGUGAAGACGUGGCUGUUGCCAAAGACGCAAUGUGGCAGUGAGAUCAACAUUUUCGGCAUUCUGGAACAGAUUGGUGGGAAAAUUUCAUGUGGUUAAUGUUCGUUUGGUUUCGGGUGGGACCUUUUGGAACAAAAUACAGACGCUAACGAAAGUUCUGAUGUAUUUUAAAUCAUGCCACUACCUCAAUAUUCUUCAGAGUUUAAAAUAAAUAAAUACAUUGCUCUGAUGUGUUGUAUUUUUGUUACGUGAGCUAAGCUAGGAUUUUGAAUACACUACUUUGUCAAAUUUACCGGACACAUUAGGUGUAUUUUCACGAAGAUACCUUAAAAUCCUUUCAGCGGAUGUACUGCAUAAAGCCAAAAUCGUGUCCAAAAACCUCUGUAGGAUAGCAGUAGUUUAAGGUGAGGGCAUACCAGUCAAACAUUUGACAGCGAUUCCGUUUGGGUUACCUUCUGCUAGUGAUGCUGCCUUUUUGUAGUCAACUAUAUGAACUUUUGCUCAGGGACUGAAUAUGAUGUGCGGAUUCUUCAAGGUUAAAAGAGCCAUAACUGCCCUCCAGUGUGUUUACAAUGUCCUGGCAAGGAAAUGUUUUGUAAUUAUGCAGGGACUUAUUGCGUCUUUCAGUCAGUGUUGUCUCAACUUCGACGGUAAUGCUGCUUUGUCUUGGAAACGAAUGCAGCAGGAAACCACAAGCUGUCACAUUUAACAUACGGUACAGUCCUUAAACUGUGUUCUACAAAUAGGUCCGACUUUUGAACGUAUGACAAUACAAAAUGUAGACUCACAAAUCAUCUUCGCUUCAUCUUUGCAGUGCAUCCAUCUCGGGGAGGGUUUUAAUUGUGGGGUUAAUACCGUGCCUGAUACAAUGUACUGGAUGCCCAAUACAUGGCAGUGUGGUUUAUUUUAGCAAGAUCCCGCCAAGAUGACAGUAUACACAACUGUAAAUAUGUAUUGGAAAUUAAUUUUACGGCUUUUCCAAAUGGUACUUGCAUCACUCUUUAAAGAUUUGUUGAAAAAUGUUAUUUUUAAGGGAUUUUUCAUGACAAAAAAGCUGAACCAGCCACUUCUUUUUUUGGUAAUCAUGUCUUACUGCAGGACUCACUCACAAGCCUUACUGUACGCAGAAACAAAAAAAAGCACAUGUAAAAGUCACAGCCUGUGGACGUGUUUGAUGAUCAGUCUUUUCUCCAAACGUGCCAUGCUUUUGUAACCCAAAACUGAAGUCGAUGUUUUUGUUCAUUUGUGUUAGGUGUUGUGUCCUUUGUCAAAAAAAAUGGUUUGAAAUUCUUGGAUUGUACACGGAUGUUCCAUGAAAAUGUAAAAUGUCAUUUGUCUGCAAGAAAACCUAAAAUAUGAAGUGUCUCAAUUCCACAAUAAAGACAGACGUGUUGAUCACACGGUGGUCUAUAGUUGUCAACCUCACAGGCAGAUCGAGGGUUUGAAUCUCCAUUGCAGCAUCUCUGAGUCCUCCCACAUCCCCAAAACAUGCAUGUUUGGUUACAUAAAGACUCUA